AUAAAAAGUAAGUCACAAUAGUUACAAUUUAAUAUAAUUAAAAAAAUUAUAAAAACAUGAUCAAAGAAAAUCUUGUUUGACUCAUCAAAUAGUAAUAGGUUCACGUUACACUAUCGAACCAUGUAAAGACGACUUGGUACUUUGGUUCACAAAAAAGGCUUGGUUUUACGGUUAUUUGAACUAAAGGAAAAAAGUAAGCAUGCAAAUAAGACAUUUAAAAGCCCCCAUGAAAAUCAUAUACAAAGUGAAGGACAGAUUGAUUAUGUCUCUCUGUUUAGCUUGUUUUACAGAAAUUGAAAUAAAUAACUUAUUCCAAAUUUUUAUCUUUUAAAUCGGAGUCUUUUAUUUUUUUCAAUUUUAGAUGUGAAUGUACUCAAUCGAUAGCAGCACUCUCUGGAUUCGAGUUGCAGAACUUGCCCCUGUAUUAUGUAAUUGUAAAUUACAAUUUUAUCAUGGAUCGUCUCCUCUUCAAAUAAAAUUAUUUUUACAAUUAGAAGGAACAAAAAGAGCGCCAAAAAAUUGUUCUUUGGACAAAAUUGAGGAUGUUUACGUAAAUGAAAGGAAGGUUCUGGCGGUAAAGUAAAGAAAAUCCUCCCUUCUUGCUUCCUCCUUAGGGAAUAACAUUCUGAUAACUCUACAAUACGAUAAUUCAAUUGCUGAUUCUAUUUUAAAAAACGUUUACUUUUCUGUUUAAUUAGCUAAAACCAUAUUUGAAGUGAUUCUAGUAUGUUGUAAUGAUCUUUUCUUAAAAAAAAAUACGAAAUUCUAUUACAUUGGAGGAAGGGUGUCAGUCCGACGUCAAUCCACAUCUAUUAUAGAAGAGACUCACCGUUAUCACUAGACUUUAAAUUUUUGUAGACGUACUGAUUCUAAAUAUGAAACUUUAAAGAGUUAUAUAGUUUUGCUUGGUUUACCCUCGAAAUCGGAUAACAAUUGAAUUUGUGAGUGGUUUUGAGGAUAUGCGAUUUAACUUGACACAAAAUGAUAAAUUAGAUUGCAAUUGAAAUAAAUAAUAGUAAAGUAAAUGCAAACCACACGAAUUGAAUAAUUUCAGCCUAGGAAUGUUAGCUACCCUCGAGUCGAAUGUACUUUGAUCGAUUCCAAGACACAGAAGAAUAAGAGCUUAAAGAGAAUGAUGAUAGUAUAUUGCUUAUGAGUGCAUAUUACAAUGUGUUUCAUGAAUUGUCAGACCCCCUUUAUGUAUUAGAGGAAUUCUACUUUUAGGUAUUAUUCUAUUAUUCUAUAAAAGGCAAAAGGUCCUUGAUUUGCUGAUUGUCGGUCCCUUUUUGACAUGUCCCGUGAUUUUCGCCGUAAUAUCUAGCCGGCCCCAGGAAUUUCGGACCGCUGUCGGAUAAGUUGGCAAUGUUUCCUCGAGGUCGUUUGAGCCGGGAUCGAUUCCGGAGUUAAGGCCUCGGUAUUCUCGAAGGCAGGUUUUUGGCACCGGUUGCUAAUCCGGUAAGGCUUGGGGCCGAUCUUUUAGUCCUUUAUUGCCAUAUCUCGAGCCUGGCCUAUCAUGUUGGAUGUUAGGGCAUACUACGAGCUCAAUUUUACCCGUAUACAGAUAGUCCCCUCAUUUUUCGGAGAGUAGAUGCCGAGAAACGAUAUGAGCUCCCGAUUCUCACUUAGAUAUACCGUGACAUAAACGACAAAAUAGUUAAAACGUCCCGUCAGCCUAGUCUUAAUGGCAUUAAAUGCUUGUCAGUUGCCGGUCAGCCACUCCCAGAUGUGAACCGUCGCUUGGAAAACUAUAAAUUCCCCUUCCUUUAUUCAUUCAAACUUUAUAUCCAAACCUUCUGCCCUCGUGUAUAAGAGAUUUCAGCACUUCCAAGUUCUUACAUUAUGUUUUUUUGAGAUCUUUUAUAAGAGUUCUCACUCGUCAAUCAUCAAUUGUUCUCCUUUAAAUUCCUUCAUUUCUUCAUUUUUCUUCCAUUCUUAAGGAAAUGGCGAAGACUUCAAAAUUCGUUCCCCAAAAAUAAACUCCCUCUACCUCGCGACCAGCUGUCGAGGAAAACGUUUUGUGUACUGCUACCGAGGAACCGGCACCGGAACCUCCUCUGAAAAUGUUCAUCCCCUCGGUACCAGGCCGGUGUUAUUUAUUGCUGCCAGGUUAAUAUUGAUUUUAAGAUCGAAAAGCCCUCCUCGGUACCAGGCCGGUGUGAGGUGGUCUCGAGGUAUAUCUGCUCGAUCACCGAGGAUAUUCUCUCCAAGGUCAAAAAGGCUGGUAAUUGGGUCGACAAACAUGUAGUGGUCCCCAAACCCGACGAAGCCAUCAUCACCCACGUCGAGGGAUAUUUAAGUGUUUACACUUAUCCCUUAAUGCUAGGUCCCUUAGAUCCGGUUAUUAUCGAUUUUUGGAAAAGAUAUGAGGUAACCCUCAAUCAAAUUCACCCUUAUUUCUAGAGGAUCGUAAUCCUCAUCCGUUUCUUUGUAAGCAAGAUCGAAGGAUACCCUUUUACUAUCGACCACCUUAUGCGUUUAUACAGUCCCCGACUAUACCCGGGGGGACUGAUCAAGCUCGCCCACCGGGCUAGUAUGGCCCCGUUCUCGAGUAUCGAUGAAGAUCGGGAUCGAUACUGGCUAGGCCAUUUCGUACGAGUGAGGACCUCAGACUUGAUCCUAGUCGAGCACAUGCCGUUCCCUGAGAAGUGGAACAUGUCACGUAAGUAUAAUUUUACUUCCAAGAUCUUAUUUAUCAUCUUUUUUCAUUCCUUAUAAUCAGUGUUAUGUGGUGGUAUAGCUGUCGCUCGGAUCCCGAAUGCAGUUCCUCGACUCAAGGAGUGGGUCGAGGGCAUUAUAAUAUAAAGUACCUAUUCCGAGCAUUCAUGGCGCGAUCUUUCAAAGGGCCGAUGGGAGGCCCGUUCACAUGGUGAGAUCCCUUUCAUGAGCGAUAUUUGAUUUCCUUUUACUCGUCUUAUUUCUUUUUGUAGGCUUAUCCAAAGAUGUCAAAAUGAGGCCUCCAUCCGGUAAUGAUGACUUCCCCACCGAGUCCCCUGCUCCGAGACAGGGUGAAAAGAAGAAAAGAAAAAGGGCCCCGAGUUCUCCGAACUUCGAGAAAAAGAAUCCAAGGAGAAAGUUGGUGCGUAAAUCCAAAGAAAGCACCAGUGCUCGAGCACCGUCUCCUAAUUCACUCUAUCGGCUGAGGGAUGAAUCCAAAGGAGAAGGAGAAGCCAUCGAUCUAGUGGCCAAUGUGCCAUCGCAUCUCGAAGGGCAAUGGGCCUCCGAACCAGAGGAAGGCGUGACCGAUCUUCAUCAAGCUAGGGAGGCCGAGGAGGAGGCCGAGACCGAAGCUUCCCGGGAUAUGGGCAAUGCCCCGAAGAAAGAACUCGGUGUGAUAGAGAUCACCGAUUCACCCUCGUUUACAGAGUCCAUGUAUAACGAGGCCCAAACGGUGAAAGAACGCCCCAUCGAGGGGACCCAUGGAGCGGACAACCCCUUCCGCGGAUUUUUCGACAGCGUGGAUUUGACGGCCACAGAGGACAUCACCGGAUUGGGUGACUUAGUGAUAACGAUGAAGAGCCCAUCCUCGGAAGAAAGCGAGCCUUCCUCGAGCCCGAAAUUGGUCAAUAGAUUCCCUGCUCCGAGUGUUGAUCCCGAACGGAAGUGCUCCAUUACUGUUUCCCUUUCGGAGGACGCCCGAGUCCUCUCUGCCCCCGUAGGGGUGGCCAGUUAUCUUCGGUGUCUGGUGAACGAGGAUGACCAGGCCAAGAUGAAUGAGGUGGAUGCACCUUGCUUAUUCAACGAAGCACAACAGGCACUGAACCGGGUAACGUAAUUUUUUCCUUGAUGGUUUUCAAUUUGUACUUAGGCUAUUUCAUAGAUAACUUAACAUUUUUCUUCAUGCUUGUAGGCCUCGGUGCUUCACCAUGAGACUUUUCUACGGUACCGGGACGAGCUGAGACAGUUGAAGCCGAGGUUCGAGGGCUCACUAAGAAGGGAGAUGCUUAUAAACUUCUCAGUGAGCAGUUUGAAGGGGAGGCUAAGAGCCUCCGAGCUGAGCUGGAGGUUGCUCGGAAGGAUCUUACCGACCUGGUCGAGCAGGUCUAACAGAAGAUCUAUCGGAUCGACCAACUCCGAGCUGUGAUGGAUGCAAUCAAGGCCGAGACUGAAGAAUUUAGAGGCAAAAUGGACCGUCUGGCCUUAGAAAUAGAGACUGCUCGAGCGCAACUAACUUUGGCUGAGUUCUAGCUCAGAGCGGCAAAGGAAAAUAUCGAGGUUCAGGCCAAAAAGGUCGAAAAACUCUGGUCUCAGUUAGGUUCGGCCGCCUCUGAUCGAGAAAACCUGGCUAAGGAGUUUGAAAUGACCAAGUUAGUGGCCGUGGUGGUUAAAGCUGAUGCUGAUGAGAUGGUGGCCCAAUAUAAGGCCAAUGCCGAAGCGUCCCAGAGCCUUGUAAAAAAUAUCGUCGAGCACAUGAAGUGGAAAUCCUGAAGGGAGGCCCUUGAGGAGAUUCAUGCUUGGGGUUUUGACUUAUCGGCCGGAAUUGAGAAUGCCAAGUGGCUCGAAGCCGAGGCCAAGAAGAUGGCUUAUCCCGAGGAUGAAGAAGUCUCCCAGGGUUCGAGCGGGUUUGAAAGUGGAGAAGACUCAGAAGAUCUCGGCAAUGAGGCGGGUCCCGGUAAAGACCAGACCUUUUAAGUGCCUCUGUUCGCUUUGCUUUUGUUUUUCUUUUUGUGUUUUUGUAUUUUGUUCCUUUUGUCAAGGCCGUUUGGCCUUUGUAAAGACUAUAUAGAUAAUACAAGUUUUCUAUUUCCCUUCGAUAAUUCAUGAGUUUUUCCUUCGCCUUACUUUUUAUGUUUUGCAAAGAUUAAAAAUGCCUUAGCAUUAAAUAGUUAGGUCAUGUUCGGAGUUUCAAACAAGCCUUUCCUUUGAUUUUAUUUUACUUAAGGCAUCGUGGGGAUUCGAUAUGACCGGAAAC